AUGUCAAGUCCGCACAUUUUCCAAUUUGAUGAUAGAAAUCGAAAUAGUAUUAUUGGUCGUAAUUGGAUUAAUGCCUUACGUUUAAGUGAAACAACAUUAAAUUAUACUGUUUCUAAUAAUACAAGUUCUAAUAUUAAUUCUUCUGGAAUUCGAUAUAUUCGAACAACAUCAAAACAUUCUCAAUCAAGCAGCAAAGCUGAACAUAAUGUUGAUAUUACAAAAUCUGCUCCUAAAUAA